CAUUCGUCUGGUACUAUUCAGAUUCUGACCAUUUUCGAUUUGCCUUCAGUGUUUUGGGGUUAAAGUGAAUCUUAAUACAUAUUACUGCGGGUUUACCAGCUCUUGCAGUGUUUUGCUGUGAAUCAAUGUUUUAAAUCUGGUUAGCUCAAGGAGCAUUAAACUGACUUGUGCAUGUCUUGACAAGUUCAACAGCAAAAUCUUUGUUACCUUCGAGAUUGCAUCAUCACGGGUGAUGGCAGAGGAUAAACCGUGGGCCCUGAUCUCUAAGAUUGGCGAUGAAGGCUACCAUGAAGACUUUGUUGCCAUUCUGAACAAACACUUCCAAAUUGUCUGUCACGGAGAAUUCCUGCAGAACCCUCUGCUUUACGGCCCAAAAAUCCAGGUCAUGUUCUCUUUUGACUGCAGACCUGCAGCUGAACCAUCAUUACUCAAAUCUCUUCCCUCACUGAAGGCGAUUUGCAGUGGAGGAGUGGGCUUUGACCACUUGGAUGUGCCAUUCAUCAACAGUAUGGGGGUCAAGGUGACCAACACACCUGGUGUGGUUAGUGAUACCACGGCAGAUAUGGCCAUGGCUCUGCUUCUGGCUUCAGCACGGAAAAUUGUUGAGGGUCACCAGAUAUCUUUGGAUCCCAAGACCACUUAUACACCACAAAGCCUGAUGGGAGUUGAAGUCACAGGGGCCACUUUGGGAAUCAUUGGAAUGGGAAAAAUUGGGUUCAAAAUAGCUCAACGAAGCAAAGGGUUUGACAUGAAGAUCCUGUAUCACAACAGGAACAGAAGAAGCACUGAGGAUGAGCAGGCGACGGGAGCGAGUUACUGUGACUGUCUGGAUGACCUCCUGAUGAGAUCAGACUUUGUGAUGGUGAUUGUCAAUCUGACUCCGGAGACCACAGGCCUUAUCGGCCACAGAGAGUUGUCAUUAAUGAAGCCCACAGCUACACUGAUCAACAUCAGCAGAGGUCUUGUUGUGGAUCAGGAUGCCUUAGUCAAAGCUCUUCAGUCUGGAACGAUUCGAGCGGCAGCGUUGGAUGUGACUUAUCCUGAACCUUUACCGAGGGAUCAUCCUCUGCUUGGCCUUCCAAACGUGCUGUUAAGCCCCCAUGCUGGCGCCCGUACGUACAACACAAUAAAAAAGAUAAUAGAGAUGAUGGUAGACAAUGCCCUGGCUGUAGUAAACGGAAAACGCGUUCCCAACGAAAUCACCCCCAAAGUGAUGACAUAAGGAGGAGUGCAGAAAGGUUGGAUUUGCUGCUUCAUUACAAAUAGACUGGGUUAAAAAAAAGGUUCUUUGUACACUGUUGUUCACAAUCACCAUGAAAUAAUUGAUGAAUUCGUAAUAUUUUUAAUAUGAGUGAUGUCAGUGUUGAUAUACGAGUGGUACUGUGAAAUUUCAUGAAGCCUUAACUGUUUUAAUGAUAAUAGAAAACUUAAAAUAUGGGUAGAGUUUUAUGAUUAAACUGUACGCCAUAACUCAAAAUAUGUUGGAUGUAUUUCUAUGAAAUUUCUGUCAAAACAUGUUCCUUCUGUCAGGAAAGAAUUGAAUAAAAUUUUGAGGAGUUCCAGA